CUUCGUGACGGGCCUGCGCGUGCGGCGCGCGCAGCAGAUCGCGCAGCUCUACGGCCGCCUCUACUCGGAGAGCUCCCGCCGCGUCCUCCUCGGCCGCCUCUGGCGCCGGCUGCGCGGCCGCCCGGGCCAUGCUUCUGCCUUGAUGGCGGCGCUCGCCGGCGUCUUCGUGUGGGACGAGGAGAGGAUCCAGGAGGAGGAGUUGCAGAGAUCCAUUGAUGAGAUGAAACGGUUGGAGGAAAUGUCAAGUAUGUUUCAGAGCUCUGGAGUUGAACGCCACCCUCCAGAACCGAAAUCCCAAACAGAAGGGAGUGAAGAUUCAGGGGGCAAAGAGCAACCUUGGGAAAUGGUGAUGGAUAAGAAACACUUCAAACUGUGGCGGCGUCCUAUUACAGGCACCCACCUUUAUCAGUACAGAGUUUUCGGAACCUACACAGAUGUGACACCCCGGCAGUUCUUCAACGUUCAGCUGGAUACAGAGUAUAGAAAAAAGUGGGAUGCCCUGGUAAUCAAGCUGGAAGUGAUUGAGAGGGAUGUGGUUAGUGGUUCUGAGGUUCUUCACUGGGUAACCCAUUUUCCUUAUCCAAUGUACUCACGGGAUUAUGUUUAUGUUCGGCGGUAUAGUGUGGAUCAGGAAAACAAUGUGAUGGUGUUGGUAUCACGUGCUGUGGAGCACCCUAGUGUGCCAGAGUCCCCGGAAUUUGUAAGGGUCAGAUCAUAUGAAUCCCAAAUGGUUAUCCGGCCCCACAAAUCAUUUGAUGAGAAUGGCUUUGACUACUUGUUGACAUACAGUGACAAUCCCCAGACUGUGUUUCCUCGUUACUGCGUUAGUUGGAUGGUUUCCAGUGGCAUGCCAGAUUUCCUGGAGAAGCUGCACAUGGCCACUCUAAAAGCCAAGAACAUGGAGAUCAAAGUAAAGGACUAUAUGUCGUCUAAGCCUCUGGAAAUGAGUAGUGAAGCCAAGGCCACCACCCCAUCUUCUGAGCGGAAGAACGAGGGUAGUUGUGGCCCUGCCCGGAUCGAGUACGCUUGAAGGGCUUUGGGAUAGAAGGGACAACUUGCUUCUAGCCCUGUCUUGGUCCCUUAUCACUCUGCUACAGAACGGGAACAUGUAUUAGAAGGCGUCUGCUGUAACCACCAGUGCAAGAUAAUUCAGUAACUGGUGUCCGAAUUCAUUCAGAGCCCUUAUCGCUCUUUAUCAAAACAGAGAGAAGAAAGAGGCAUCCAUGGGGGCGUUGUCAUAUUCUCAGGCCAAGCAUUUUGAAAUUCAGUAUUUCACUGAGUUAAUCUGGAACAUACGUCUCACCUCAGGCCAGAAGGAGAUGACUUCUUUUUGCUUCCUCUGAGUCGUUUCCUCUGCCAGCAUUCCAGUUCCCACCAUCGGUUCUGCAGCCCUUUGGAUUCCCUUCAGUUCUGAAGGUCCGGCUGGAAAGUGCAGUGGGCUGGUUGAGUCUUCAAUGAGGGUCAUUGGGAGUGUUCUUGGUAACAGUCCUAGUGUUAGAGGGAUGUGAACUGUUGCUUGGCAGUGUAAGUGCCUUGUCCUCACCUUCUAUCUUUAGGACAUAAAGUUUGUACCAAGAAAUUUCUCUCUUUGCCUCCCAGAUACCACCCCAUUGACUCACUCUCCCCAAAGCAGUUUCCUUUGAAUUGGCCAGUUCUUCUGCAUUCAUGUACUAUAUUAAUUUGGAUCAUCGCCUCCUUCCUUAGCACAUUUACCAAGAACGCUGGGAAACGAAUCCUUUUAGACAGUAGCUUCCUGUAUCAUUGGUGUUUUGAUAGGGUCAGUGGAAAUGCUCAAAACAUCACACUUUAGGGUUUUUUUUUUUUAACCUUUGUGUCAAAAAGUAGGAAUUAGGGGAGUUGAAUAGGAUUUCUCCAUAGUCCCACUGUGUAGAAAAGCACCAUUUUGAUUCAGGCAUUAUUCUCCACACUUCAGGUUUGACUGGAUGCUGAGGGCUUGUCCAUCUUGGAAGGCUAAAGGCAGAGGAAUGUGGGUGGGCCACUCCUUCGGACCGCUCAGAGGUGUAGACAAGCUGUGUGACCGAAUAGAUGUAAUCUUGCCCCAAGUACUAAUAUAAUGGAGAUUGGUUUAUGUCUCCCUCUUGUUCCUCUGAAAAGUUUUUCCUUCUCUCUUCAGAGCUAAAAUAAAAGCAGCCACACUGUUUGGAUAAAGUCACCAUCAGAUGGUAUCAGUUUGGCCUAGCCGAUUUUGCUUAUGGUCAUGCUGCCAUCUGACGGGAGAAUAGGGAUCAAGUUUUAAAUUCUCCUCCCUUCCCUUUUUUCCUAGAAUUUAAAUGGCUGGGUUUUUCCUUUUUUUCCUGCCUGCUACUUUUUUGUGUUGUUGAAAAAGGGAUCUAAAUCUGAGACUCACUUAAGCACCUGGCCUUUUCGUUGCCUGUUAAAUUUUGUGCCAAGGAAGUAACUGUCCCCGUGUUGCGUGUCUUGUCUUCUCUGAGUCGUUGGCAGAGCAGAGUUGCACUGCACAGGCCCAGCUUCUUUCCAUUGCUCAUUUCUCCCUUCUCAUCCCCAGGACCUGACAGAAGCCAGGGAAGAGUCCCUGGGUUGUGUCUGAUCUCAGGGCCUGUGAUUGUUGGGAUGUGGAUGGGUGUGGGCAAGAGUGUGGGUGAGUACACAGGUGUUAAGGAGCUGUGUGUUGCUCACGGUCUCAUUUUUGGCAAUUUGACUCUGCACUUGGGGUUGGUCUGUGUAGUUACUUAUGUCAUUGUAAUGAUUUCACUCCCAACUGUGACAUUUUUAUCAAAUGUGUGAAUAAAUACAUAAAGAUUGGUAC